CGAAGGGCCUUGGAAACCUUGCGCUCACACUGAGCAGUUUCCAGCCUCCUGGGCAAGGGAACAGUCUCUUCCCUUGCCUGGGACUCUGGAACCAUCUCAUUCUGGUGAAAAUAAGAGGCACCGUAGAAUCAGAAGCCUUUCGCGGAGAAAAGGCUGACAUGCCCGUCCUAUUUGACAGAUUGCUGAAGCUAAAAGAGAUGUUUAACUCUAAGUUUGGAUCCAUUCCCAAGUUUUAUGUUCGAGCACCAGGAAGAGUCAACAUAAUAGGAGAACAUAUAGAUUAUUGUGGGUACUCUGUUCUUCCUAUGGCUAUAGAACAAGAUAUGUUAAUAGCUGUGGAGCCUGUGAAAACACAAACUCUUCAACUAGCCAAUACAAAUCCCUUGUACCUGGACUUCAGUACUAGUGCUAAUAAUAUUCAGAUUGACAAAACUAAGCCUCUGUGGCACAACUAUUUCUUGUGCGGAUUUAAAGGAAUUCAGGAACACUUUGGUCUUAGCAGCCUGACUGGAAUGAAUUGCUUAGUGGAUGGAAACAUCCCACCAAGUUCUGGACUCUCCAGCUCCAGUGCUUUGGUCUGUUGUGCUGGCUUGGUGACACUUACAGUGCUGGGAAUGAACCUAUCCAAGGUGGAACUUGCAGAAAUCUGUGCCAAGAGUGAGCGUUAUAUUGGCACUGAAGGAGGAGGGAUGGACCAGUCCAUAUCAUUUCUUGCAGAAGAAGGAACUGCCAAAUUGAUAGAAUUUAGCCCUCUGAGGGCAACUGAUGUGAAACUCCCAAGCGGAGCAAUAUUUGUGAUUGCCAACAGUUGUGUGGAAAUGAAUAAGGCAGCCACUUCUCAUUUCAAUAUCAGGGUGAUGGAGUGUCGGCUGGCUGCAAAGCUCCUGGCUAAGUACAGAGGCUUGCAAUGGGAUAAAGUAUUGCGACUAGAGGAGGUACAGGCCAAACUCGGGGUCAGUCUGGAAGAAAUGCUUCAGAUCACAGAGGAUACCCUUCACCCUGAGCCCUAUAGCCCUGAGGAGGUUUGCAGGUGUCUGGGAAUUAGCCUGCAGGAGCUUCGAACCCAAAUCCUGAGUCCAAACAUUCAAGAUGUGCUCACCUUCAAACUCUACCAGCGGGCAAAGCAUGUGUACAGCGAGGCUGCACGGGUGCUCCAGUUUAAGAAGAUAUGUGAAGAAGCCCCUGACAACAUGGUUCAGCUGCUGGGGGAGUUAAUGAACCAGAGCCAUGCCAGCUGCCGGGACAUGUACGAGUGCAGCUGCCCUGAGGUGGAUCAGCUAGUGGACAUCUGUCGGAAGUUUGGGGCUCAAGGGUCACGACUCACUGGAGCAGGAUGGGGAGGCUGCACAGUAUCCAUAGUACCUGCUGACAAGCUGCCCAGCUUCCUUGCAAAUGUGCACGAAGCCUAUUACCAGAGGAGCGACCAAGACUUCACAUUUGAGAAGCAGAGUUUGUUUGCUACCAAACCAGGAGGCGGGGCUUUGGUUUUCCUUGAGGCCUAAACAAUGUAAAAAAUCUCAGAGAAACUAUUUAGGGCAUUUAGGAACUGGCAGAGCUUCUUAUGCCACAGUAAAUUAAUCCUCUUUCUGUUUUGUAUUAUGAUGAACGGUUGCUAUUAUCAAGAUGUAUUUCCAAAGAAACGGUUGAAAGCUCUCUAUGCUUCAUAAUGAUUGUUUUUCCAUCUUAAAGUAUGUUGUCUACCAAUAAGAGCCAAAAUUAUGCUUGGACAGUUCUCUUCAGGAUGAUUUACUGAGAUUUAUUGACUUCAAGAUUUUUAAAGAUGAAUGAUAAAAGACACUCAAUACUGACCUCACGGAUUGGAUGUGAAUUAAACAUACUGCUACAAUUAAAUGGAUACAGUUGCAUUGCCUGCCAUAUUCUUAAA